UGUCAUUUACAGUGGACGUGGGGAAGGUAGGGAAGAACCAAAGAAUAGUAAAUAUGUUUAGCUAACUGUACAAAUUAAGUUUUUAAACAACAUAUAUUUAAAGUUCUCGACAGACAUGCACAAAGAAGACUUGUUUUAGUGUUGUUCAGGUAAGUUAUUGCAGUAGAAUUCGCCUUUUUGAGAUGCAAGAUAACUGCGAGAUAGCUGCUAAAUGAGCUCGAGCAGCAUACGAGCUAAAAUUAAAGGAAGUUUAUCCUCUGUUUUCCAGAAGCGGAUAUCUUGGCGAUAUUUUUCCUGAAUGUGAUACGAAGCAGCAGAAUGUCAGCUCCCACCAACUCGCUUCAACAGCAGUCCACAGUCAGACGUAGCAAUGCAGGGUCCCCCAGUUUAUCCAACAGCUGCCGUUUGCACCCCAUCCGUGCUACUGUGCCCUACCAGCUCCUACGCGGGGGCCAGAGCAGCCCGACACGCUCUCCGUCUCACUCUGUUGGAGGCAACAAUGGACCGACAAAUAGCCGUGGGUCAUCUCCCCCAAAUGCGACACUGAAUCUUGGAGUAAAUUGCACUACUGCCACGAGACAGAGACUGUCUCCUGAAAAUAGGGUCUCGCACUCACCUGACCGGGGUCCAAACUCACCCGUUUGUAGAGGUAAAAUAUUGUUAUAUUAACCAUCUACCACAUGCUACGAUAUCGAUGUAUUCAGGACAAAUGCACCCUUUAGCUUGCUCUUGGUGAUGGUCAAGAGAUUGUAGGCCUUUUGUAUUCCUGUAAUACAGUGUUUGCUAUGCAUUUUAUAGAUGAAUUAAUUUGUACAAUAUUGAUGGAUUAAUGAGACUCACUGGGCCCUAUUCAGUCACCCUGACAGGGAAUAGGUCCCUAGGUUUAUAAGGUAAGUGAAAAACGUAAUUUGUCUUGUGCUGAUUAGGAUUCAUGUAAUAUAUAAUUUGUAAAAAACCUCACCAGCAUAUUAGUUUUGAUUGAAUAUAUGGCCCCAGAGUUACACAAAAGGGGAAGUAGGCCCAUACGUAGGCCUACUACUACAGUAUGUCACUAAUAAGGAAGCUUAUAGUGUCCUCUCCUCUUACACUCCUGCUGCUUAUGGACUAUUGACAGAAAAGGGGAGGAGAUCAUUGGCAGCAAAACAUGCUUAUGGGUUGAAAAGGGACGUAGAACCUGAGAAUCGUUGUUGAACAAACAGUCAGGUUACAGGUAUAUGACCUACUCCCUUUCAACUGUAUUGUACACAUCGAGAACAUAUUGUGAGCCCUAUGUUAUGGAGAAUGGAAGUGAGUGGUGUGACAUUUCAUGGCUCUAUUGGUUCAACCUGAGCCAUUGUUCCUUUCAGGUGAUAAGGAGAUGGAGGGUGGACUGAAGGGCGAGAUGGGAGGCUAGACUACUCUAAAUCCUGUUUCUGAGACAGGCUCUCCUGCCAAAUAUUGAUGUUGCCUCUGGUAUUGAGACUGAUUAUAUUUAUCUUCCCCAACACAAUAUUUUCUGGAACACUUUAGUUGUAUUUCUCAGCAAACCCUCUAUGCAGUAAAACGCAAGACACACAAAGCAUCCAGUUAAUGUCUGCUUGCCUUUGUGAAGCAGAAAUCUCUGAAUACCAUUAGAUUUUUCUGUCACAGCUUGGAGACUGCGUCGAACCUGUUCUGUGACUCCAAAUCUGCAUCCAGGACUAUGUUGUACUCACUAUGCAACAAGGUAUUUUUACUACAAUGACCUCCGGCACUUUACGAGGGCAGGUCAUUAAUCACCAUGGUUCAACCAGUGACAGCCAUGACACUCCAGCUGUCUUGACGCUCUCCUACAUCAGUGGAGUAUAAUGGCGUCCGCCUUACCUUUCCCCAAGAUGGCAGCCUCCUUGUCUCUGAGCUGCAUUGCGGUUAUUGUGGGGUUGGUAACUCUAUGUUCGGGAAAAUGGCAUGACAUGCCUUGCAUUCGCUGGUCCUCAGAAUGAGAUGACCUUCAACCCUGAGCAGUGUCCAGUCACAUAGGUCGUGAUGGAGACUUGAUCCGCUGUUGGAUGGCAGUGACCUCCCAGUCGAAACAAGGCUAGUUUGUUUCAUGUGAUGUCAUCUGCUAGCUAGGGGUAGGAGGUGCAUUGCAUUGCGACAAGUGGAAUUGGGAUAGCACUGGGAAGUGCACAGGGAUGGAAAUGGACAUUUGUACAUGUAUUGUUCAUCUUUCAUUGUCAAACGGAAAUAUGGAGCUAUUUUUAUUUGAGCGUUUCCUCAGAAUUGUAUGCUAUUUGCAGUGAACACUGAAGGGAAUUUGUGGUGAAUUUGUGGUUUUGUCUUUUGAGGCAUCUGACUAAUUAAGGUUAAACAUUAAAGUGGACAAUACAUUGUGUCCUUGUCAGCCAUGCAGCUCUGUGAUUGGAACAUUGGAGAAGUUAACUAGUGGGCAUCUUCCUUUCAGUCAGUCAGCAUGUUAAUUCGCUUCACUCAUCUCAUCUGAGCUAGGUGGUGGUGAAAGGGUCGCCAGGACAACGGGCCAGGGUGAAGGCCAUGGAGAAGGGUGACAUUCCACCGCAUGACCUUUAGGUUCACACUAUGACAUCAUCCCCACACUAGGCCAUCCCAAUGGCCACAACAAAGAAACUCCCCUUCACUGUCAAAGUGCCAGCUGUGCUGAAAUGGCCUUCCUCAUUGUCACACAUCCCCAAACUGCAGAGUAAGAGUAAAUUGGAAAACAAGCAUGUUGUUAAACCUAGAACCCAGCCUAAAAUCUAUCAACUUUGGUAGAAAGUUCACUAUUUUUGAAAAGGUUGAUUUGAAAAUUGUGAAAGGGACCGUAUGCAUACUAAAAGCCAUAAAAUGAUCUGACUUUAUUUUGUUCUUGAGAGCCUAAAUUUAGCAAAGUGGAGAGACGGUGGAAAAUCACUUGGGCUAAAUUUGCAUGCUGUGUUUGGAGAACUUUGGCUGUAACAAUAUUGAUGGAAAUCCACUCCCUUUUCCUCAGAUAGUUUACCCUAGGUCAUUGGGUUUACUUACUUAGCCAAUGUCUUUUGGUUGAUAUGCUCAGACUUGGCUGAUCAUCUAGACCCUAGAGCCUAGGUGGUGUGUAGUGGUAUCGAAAAGGAACACUGUGCACCUAGACAAGGAACUGAUUGAAUGAAUAAUGUGUACCCUGGUCACCUGCUUCACCCUUCAGAAGCUCUUUGAAUGGAAAGCAAGGAGCUCCCAUUGACUUUCAACAAUCACAAAGCAUAAUACUGCCUACUAGCCUAUGCUUUCACCCAUUUCCCCCUCCAUGUCUCCCUGCUUUAGAAAAACAGCGCAUUUCUGUGUUUGGGUUUUUACUGUGAGUUACUGCAGGAGGAAUGUUGAGUGAAUGCAGGCUGUAUUGAUGUUAAUUGUGGUGUGGUUGUUUAUGAGUUCUUAUGUGGGUGAUGUGUGUUUUAACUACUUUGGCUUCGAGAAGGCAGCUCCCAUAACAUCAGACCUAGCUUCAACACAACCAGAUUAGUUAGGCCUAGUAUAUAUCACUGUAGAGCACUGAUACUCAAUAAGGUUAGCAAUAGAGCCGUUUAUGGAAAACAACAAGACAUUGUUCAGUAUGACAGUGUGGGUGUGUCCUGUCCUGACCCUUGCUCUCCCCUCGCUCCUGUAGGAGAGAGGUCCAAACUGCAGGCGCGUAGCUCCAGUGCUAUCCGGCGGACAUCUUCCCUGGACGCCAUUAUGGGGCCGUACCUCACAGGCCAGUGGCCUCGUGACUCCCACGGACCCUACCCUUCCUGCAUGAAAGACAAAGCCACACAGGUAACUUUAGGCCAAAGGACCCAUAAAAGCUAAUGGUGCACAUCAUAAUAAUUUCUUUAAAAGCAUAUGUUUUCUAAAUCAAGUUUCUCUUUAGGAAAACACGUACUGGGUUUAUUUUGACCACAAUUUUCCUGGGUAGCAUUCCACACAUCAGCACUCACUAUUCUGGUCAACGUGAUUGACCGUUCAAUGCAGUUUGAGAAUGGGCAGAUUUUUGUGGUUAUGAACCCACAUUGAAUAUGUAUGAUGAUGGCAGGGCCAUUGACCAUGGCCGCGCUGUCCGUCCUAAUAGAAUCCUUUCAUGUGGCUGAAUGAGCGCCGCCCAGCCUCAUUUACAUGGCUUCAUCCCUUUAACCCUUCAUUCACCUUGGGGCUCUUUGUUUAGUCUUCGGAAGUGGUGAGGGGGUCUCCAGGUUCAAGUUGCUACAUAUAGAAUCAACGUUCCCCUAAUGAUGGUGUGGACUGCUUCACUUAAACCACUUGGAUUAGGAAAAGCACAAGCUCCCCAAGUACAGUCACAGACUAGCUUCUUCCUGUUAACAAAAUAUCCCAUUACCCCAAAUCGCCUGUAACACUGCAACAGCAAAAAAAACCUGGGACAAAAAGUCCCAGCUCUUUGUUGUAGCACACAAUCUAGAGACGGAGGUGAAGUUGUUUGCACCUGUCCCUCAGGCGAUGGUUGGGGCGAGGAGAGGAAUCCCACUGCUUACCACCUGGCCCUCGUGGCUGGCCCGUCUGCCUUUGUGUGGGAGUGAGGAGCGGAGGGCCAUACAUAUGCUAAUCACUGUUCCGGGAUAGAUCUAUCUGCCCUAGGCCCUGUGGUUACAGAACACAGAGAAUGUCUGUAUGAAGAUUAAACAGACACACACACACACACAGGCAGACAGACAGAGUGCAAUGAUUGCAUGUGUGCGCACACACACACCAGACUAAAGACUGUCUUAAUCUUUGUUUUUAGAAUUGUGUUACACAGGCAGGAUGUGGACAGUCUAUUAUCGAUGACAAUCAACUCAGCAUGUUUUACUUAUGAGUUGUCUAAAGUAAGCAGUUAUACAUUACUGCUCAUUCCAUGUUCUUCAAGCAGCUUGAAUCCAUAAUAAGCGUUUUGUCAAAGAUAUUUAUCUAUUCUCUAAAAUGUUCCUCAUGUUUUAGAGACGUGCAUACUGUAAGAUACAGUGCAUUCAGAAAGUAUUCAGACUUCAUGACUUUUUGUUACGUUACAGCCUUGUUCUAAAAUGGAUUCAAUUGUUUUUUUCCUUCAUCAAUCUACACACAAUACCCCAUAAUGACAAAGCAAAAACAGGUUUUUAGACAUUUUUGCAAAUAAAAAACUGAAACAUCACAUUUUACAUAAGUAUUCAAACCCUUUACUCAGUACUUAAUUGAAGCACCUUUGGCAGCGAUUAAAUCCUAGAGUCUUCUUGGGUAUAACGCUACAAGCUUGGCACACCUGUAUUUGGGGAGUUUCUCCCAUUCUUCUCUGCAGAUCCUCUCAAGCUCUGUCAGGUUGGAUGGGGAGCAUCGCUGCACAGUUAUUUUCAGGUCUCUCCAGAGAUGUUCGAUCGGGUUCAAGUCCGGGCUCUGGCUGGGCCACUCAAGGACAUUCAGAGACUUGCCCCGAAGCCACUCCUGCAUUGUCUUGGCUGUUUGCUUAGGGUCGUUGUCCUUUUGGAAUGUGAACCUUUGCCCCAGUCUGAGGUCCUGAGCGCUCUGGAGCAGGUUGUCAUCAAGGAUCUCUCUGUACUUUGCUCCGUUCAUCUUUCCCUCGAUCCUGACCAGUCUCCCAGUCCCUGCCACUGAAAAACAUCCCCACAGCAUGAUGCUGCCACCACCAUGCUUCACCGUAGGGAUGGUGCCAGGUUUCCUCCAGAUGUGACACUUGGCAUUCAGGUCAAAGAGUUCAAUCUUGGUUUCAUCAGACCAGACAAUCUUGUUUCUCAUGGUCUGAGAGUCCUUUAGGUGCCUUUUGGCAAACUUCAAGUGGGCUGUCAUGUGCCUUUUACUGAGGAGUGGCUUCCGUCUGGCCACUCUACCAUAAAGGCCUGAUUGGUGGAGUGCUGCAGAGGUGGUUGUCCUUAUGAAAGGUUCUCCCAUCUCCACAGAGGAACUCUGGAGCUGUGUCAAAGUGACCAUCGGGUUCUUGGUCACUUCCCUGACCAAGGCCCUUCUCCCCCGAUUUCUCAGUUUGGCCGGGCGGCCAGCUCUUUGUGGUUCCAGACUUUGUGGUUCCAUUUUAAGAAUGAUGGAAGCCACUGUGUUCUUGGGGACCUUUAAUGCUGCAGACAUUUUUUGGUACCCUUCCCCAGAUCUGUGCCUCGACACAAUCCUGUCACGGAGCUCUAUGGACAAUUCCUUCGACCUCAUGACUUGGUUUUUGCUCUGACAUGCACUGUUAACUGUGGGACCUUAUAUAGACAGGUGUGUGCCUUUCCAAAUCAUGUUCAAUCAAUUGAAUUUGCCACAGGUGGACUCCAAUGACAUUGUAGAAACAUCUCAAGGAUGAUCAAUGGAAACAGGAUGCACCUGAGCUCAAUUUUGAGUCUCAUAGCAAAGGGUCUGAAUACUUAUGUAAAUAAGGUAUUUCUGUUUUAUUUUUUUAGAAAUUUGCUAAAAUGUCUAAAUUGGCAUUAUGGGGUAUUGUGUGUAGAUUGAUGAGGAAAACGUUUAUUUAAUCCAUUUUAGAAUAAGGCUGUAACGUAACAAAAUGUGGAAAAGGGAAGAGGUCUGAAUACUUUCAGAAUACGCUGUAGAUGAGAAGACCAAGAAGCUCACAGAACCAGAACUUAAUGCCCUCAUCAACUCAAAUCAGACCAAAUGAUAGCAGUGGCAUUCUAUACUCUUGCCUCAGUAUGUAAACUAAACAAACCAACUUGAAUUCCAUUGUAAAUCCAUUGAUGUUCAGUAUCCCUGCUGGGGAAUCAAACAGGAUUUUAAGUGGGGUGAGAAUCAUUUAACAUGACCCGUACGCUGUGAAAGUAAAGUACGCUAACUUUAUUUCACCAGAGCAUUAUCUGGCAUAACACCUGGCACACAAACCCACAAGGCAGGCUGGAAGUGCAAAAAUUACCUUGAUACAAGUGUCUUGAAGUAAACAAAGCUGGGAGCUCUGUGAACAGACACUUCAUUUGUUGUUAAAAAUAAACAUUUAAAUUGUUAUUCAAAUGAUGAUAAGUAGCCUAUGGCAAUGCUAUGUUCUUGUACCAUUUUAUCUAUUUGCUGAAGGGUAGGCUUUAGUAGUACUGGAGAACUAGGCUAGUUAAUAACUAAUAAAGUUAAUAAUAUCCAUAUUCUUAACAUCUCAAUAUAACUUUUUGCAAAGUUAACACUUAGCAGUGGAAACUUUCCUUUCACUAUUCAUUCAGCCCUCAAUGUUUGGCUCUAGCAUCAAACACCACAGCAAUACCAUAGCCAUGUACAAAAUGUUACUCUAAACGGUAGCACAUCUGUCAUCCAGCAUAGUGGCCUCUUUAUUGGAGCACAAGCACCCGUUUAAACCGUUUGUCCUUUCUGAAGAGCAAUGUGCCAGUAGCCAGCCCUAACGCUUCACUGGUGUUCUUCAUAUUGCAUAUCAUAGAGUGGGUCUUUUGUGUAACGUUGUGCGUUAUAGAGGAUGUUUUGUUUUUCGACAAGGGUCAAACGUAAGGCAGUACGAGGACAUUGACAUUUAAGAUGCUUCACUCUACUGUAUUGACCACGACUCCUUGGAGGACCAAUGUCACUGUUGAUAUGCAUAAUCAAAGGGAAGUGCAUCAUGGUUGCUAACAUGCUUUUGAAACAUCCCGUCUCUUUUUUGCAUGUAUUUUACAUAAGUUAACCGUUUCCUUAUUUAUGUAAAGGUUGCAUUCUUGUAGACACUAGAGCACUUUUCUCUAUCUGCUGUAGUGGAGAAAGAGCAGACAUUUCCCACAGAAUUACCAGCUAGUAGUUAGUAUGUAGUAUGUCAGUCACCAACCACAAAUUAGCCUUUGGCAAUCUGUCCCAAUGUGGAUUGUCGUUACAACUGUAAGGAUACUACUUUAAGUAGUAGCUAUCACACAUGUUAUUACUGUUUUGUGCUUCUGGUGAGCUGCAUCCAUCUUUAUCCCGCAAAUACCAUUUUUGACUCAUUUGAUUGUUUCCAGAUGUGUGCAUCUCUAGCGGAAGGCACAGGGGUCAUGAUUGCUUUCACCCACCUCUCUCUCAUCUGUUAAUCUCAAUGAACUCCAGAGUCUUGUCUCAGUCUUCCUGAAUUCCAUACAAAUGAAGGGGAUGAUGUGGGUGUAUUUGUUUAUCCACUGCUUAGAGUGUGUGUGUGUGUGUGUGUGUGUGUGUGUGUGUGUGUGUGUUUCAGACUCCUGGUCUGUGGAUAGAGGAUGCUGGAGGGGAGCAGGGAAGCCCACACCAGCGGUCAGCCUCCUGGGGUAGCGCAGACCAUCUGAAAGAGGUAGGUGCCACACUCAAAUUUCCUAGCAUAUAUAGGCUAGCCUACACACUCUCUGCAUGACCUGUGUCUCUAGCCAAAACAACUGUAAGGAGCGCUAUCCUAUUAUUUGUAAUCCAAUACUGUAACCAAUGUCAACACCAUAACUCUCUGAGGAGUUUAACGUUAGACCAGAAUAGCUGGUCUGUCACAAAACAUCCAGCAAGAGUUGUAUUGUUGACAUUAUUGGAGCUGCACUGUAUGUGCACAGUCAAAUAUACUUCCAACAUGUUUUUGUCAGGGCUUUGAGGUUCAGCCAUUACUUGAAAUGUGUUUUAUUUGUCAGGAUAUGAGGUUCAGUUAAAUAUUAUGCUCCUGAAGGUCGGUUUCCAUGCGCGUUGCCUGGCUGAAUUAGUGGCUAGCUGGAGACCACAUUGAGCUAUUAGUUCUCUAGCUCUUCCAGACCACACUCUUUAUUUAACCUUCCUUUCCCUCUGUAGCCUAGUCCGUCGCAUCUCAUUGUGGCUGGUUGUUUUGAGAGGGGGAGCAGGCACUGAACUUGUCUGCAGGGUGUAACAGCCAUAUCAUUUCCCCCUCAGCUUGGCCCUGUUGAUACUCUAGUGCAGGGGUGUCAAACUCAUUUUAGCUCAGGGGCCACAUGGAGGAAAAUCUAUUCCCGAGUGGGCCGGACCGGAAAAAUCAUGGUAUAUAUAACUUAAAAACAACAACUUCAGAUUGUUUUCUUUGUUUUAAUACGAUCAACAUAAAGCUGGAGCCUGAGGACAGUGUGUCCAAAAUAGUACAAGCACAACAUCACUAUUAAUCAUAAAACACGUCAAGUUUAUUUGAAAAUUCUAAAGAAAAAGAACACACAAACACACAAUGCCUCAGUGAUUAACAGAACUGUUUCACAGAUCACAGAACUAUAUCAGGGUGUCAUUUCUCAGGCAGAAAUGUAGAUAAAAAUAAUGAAAUCCUGUUCCCCAAACAAGUGCAAGAACCACAGAGUCAAGAAUAGGUUAAAUAUACAAAUAAAAUAAAAACAAUUAAAAACAAUAGCACAUCAACAUAAAAACAUAUAAACAUAAAGCUGGAGCCUGAGGACAGUGUGUCCAAAAGCACAACAUCACUAUUAAUCAUAAAACACCUCAAGCUAUUUGAAAGUUCUGAGGACAAAGAACACACAAACACACAAUGCCUCAGUGAUUCACAGAAGUAUAUCACAGAUCACAGAACUAUAUCAGGGUGUCAUUUCUCAGGCAGAAAUGUAGAUAGAUAUAGUGAAAUCCUGUUCCCCAAACAAGUGCAAGAACCACAGAGUCAAGAAUAGGUUAAAUAUACAAAUAAAAUAAAAACAAUUAAAAACAAUAGCACAUCAACAUAAAAACAUAUAAACAUAAAGCUGGAGCCUGAGGACAGUGUGUCCAAAAGCACAACAUCACUAUUAAUCAUAAAACACCUCAAGCUAUUUGAAAGUUCUGAGGACAAAGAACACACAAACACACAAUGCCUCAGUGAUUCACAGAAGUAUAUCACAGAUCACAGAACUAUAUCAGGGUGUCUCAUGCAGCACUUUAAGUGGGGUUGCAUAGUUUAUUUGACUCCUGAUACCUGGCAUCUUUUAGCUUUCACCAGCGCAUCAAUAUCAGGCGUCACAUCCUGAGUGGCAGCCAACUUCAGGAUGUGAUUCAAGUGCUUGUGCGUGAGCCUUGAGCGCAGCUUUGUUUUAUUUAUGCUCAUUACACAGAACUUGCUCACAAAGAUAUGUGGUUCCAAACAUGCACAACAGUUUUGCAGCGAGGGCUGUCAAGUUGGGGUAACCUGGCAAGAGAUUCUGAUAAAAAUGUGUCCAAGCCAGCUGCGGCAAAUUUGCCCUUCAAAUCCGAGUCACACUGCAAGUCUAUUAUUUCAAGUUGGAUGCUGACGGGCAGAUCAGAGGGAUUCACGGUGAAUGGCGAGCAAAAAACGUUGAAGUCUUUCUCCAGUUCACCAAAAAUCUGAAAGUGUUGCUCAAACUCCCGUAACAGUCCCGUUAUUUUAUCUUUGAACCGCUUCAUGUCUGCCACAUGUUGGGUCGCGCACACAUUUUUCAGACAGGGGAAGUGAGCUGCAUCACCACCGGCGAGUUGCGUCUCCCACAAUGACAGCUUCAACUUGAAAGAACGUAUGCUGUCAUAAAACUGCGUGACAACUUUGUUGCGCCCAUGCAGCUGUUUGUUCAAGUUAUUCAGGUGCUCUGUAACAUCCACCAUAAAUGCAAGGUCCUGCAUCCAUUCUGCGGAAUUAAAUUCUAACACUGGUUUGCCCUUUUCUUCCAUGAACUGUUCCAUUUCUUCUCGUAAAUCAAAGAAACGCCUCAGCCCAGCACCUCGGCUUAACCAUCUUACCUCAGUGUGGUAUGGCAGGCCAUAGAUGUGGUCUUUCUCUCUGAGAAGGCUGUCAAACUGACGGUGAUUCAGGCUUCUGGAUCGGAUGAAAUUAACAGUUUGGAUGACCACCUUCAUGACGUUAUCCAUCUUUAAUGACUUGCAACACAAAGCCUCCUGGUGCAAAAUACAGUGAAAAGUCAAAAAAUCACGUCCUCCAGAUUGACAAGAUUGUCAUAUUUGUCGGCAUGAAGACUCACAUAGUGGCGACGAAGGUUAUAUUCUUUCAGCACUGCAACAUGCUGUGAACACACCAAACAUACAGCUUUCCCAUUCAAUUCCGUGAAUAAAUAGGAGGAUGACCAUUUUUCUUGGAACACUCUACACUCUGUGUCCACUUUUCUCUUUUUUGACAGAGACUUAUUGGGGCAAUGAGGGUGCCAAAGCACAUAAUGUUAAAAGUAGAAGCCGUAAUAAAUAUCGCGGGCAAAACAAAGUAGCUCAUCCGGACUGGCUGCACGUGCUUGACCUACUUGCUCUGCCCCGGUAUAAACAGUUUGCUUGCUUAACACAAUUGCUAUUGCGCCAUCCAGUGGACGCAAUUGGAACAGCAGUUUAUUUUAUUGAAAAAUUGCAGGGCAUUUUUAUACUUUACAAAAUCAUUUCGCGGGCCGGAUUAAACCCGUUUGCGGGCCUGAUCCGGCCCGCGGGCCGGACGUUUGACACCCCUGCUCUAGUGACAAGGAUGAACCUUAUCUAACUCCAUAAAGGCCUACUCCUCCUGCAAACAACACAUAUAUAAGCUUGUUACAGUCUGCUGGCUUUUGCUCAAGAGCAACAUAGCAAAACAAUGGUAUUGAGGCUUUUGAAAUGGGCUGACUUACAUAAGAUAGGCCUGUUAGAUGACCGAUAAACACUAAAUGGAUGCAAUGUUCUCUCACUAUGUUGAGAUGUUUCUUUUUGUUCUUGACAUGAUUAUGAUGAUAUACUGUACUGUAUGUACAUGUAGUAACAUACAGUAUAGCAACAUGUACAUGUUUCUAAAGAUACUAAUGAUUAAGUUUAUCUAAGUCGCCCAUUGUAGCGUAUAAAAGUAGCAAUAGGUACAUUUGGAUUUGGCAUGUAGUCUUACAUAUUGUCAAUGAAAUGUAUUAUUUUAGCUGACACUUAUCCUGAGAGACCCAGUCAUAUAUAGCCAAAGGCCAAAUCCUCCCACCCAACAGUGAGUGGUACUAUACAGUAGAGAUGGGGGAGGGGGAUCAAUACAGUAAGCAGGGGUGUUCAAAUCUUACCCUACGAGGUCCGGAUUUUCUGUUCUACCUGAUAAUUAAUUGCACCCACCUGGUGUGCCAGGUCUAAAUCAGUCCCUGAUUAGAGGGGAACAAAAAAAAACGCAGUGUAACUGGCUUCGAGGUCCAGAGUUGAGUUUCAAGGCAGUAGAGUAUCGCAAUAUUGUUUUGGUCGAUUAUAUAUCGAUACUGUUGACUCCAAGUAUUGAUUUGUAAAAAAUAAAAUACAAGAUAACGUUAGCUAGCGCUAGUCAGGUGUACCUGCGCCAGAACUCAGGUAUUUAUCAUCCUAUAGCUAGUUCUCCAACUCAUUUUGUCAUGGCUUUCUCUUCUCCGUCUGCAGCAGACAUAUAGUGAGCAAUAUGUUUGGAACAUCAAAUCGCAAUAAAAUCGCAGUAUCCAAUCGCAAUACAUACAGAAUCGUGAUACGUAUAGAAUUGCAAUACAUAUCGUAUCGCUCACCUAAGUAUUGUGAUCAUAUUGUGAGGUCCAGCCCUUUAAUACAAUGAGCUUUACACUGCUUUGUUCUUGCUCAUCUUCAGAAACCUCAUAUGGAUUGCCUUGUCAUUAUUGACUCCUAUCAUGUACUCUCUCAAUGCAAGUCAAUCCAGAUGAACCACACUGUACUGUACUAUAAUAACCUCUAUGGAUGACAUGGGACUGUUUUAUAAUAACCUCUAUGGAUGACAUGGUACUGUACUAUAAUAACAUCUAUGGAUGACAUGUUACUGUACUAUAAUAACCUCUAUGGAUGACAGGGUACUGUUUUAUAAUAACCUCUAUAGAUGACAUGGUACUGUACUAUAAUAACCUCUAUGGAUGACAUGGUACUGUUCUAUAAUAACCUCUAUGGAUGACAUGGUACUGUUCUAUAAUAACCUGUAUGGAUGACAUGGUGCUGUUGUAUAAUAACCUCUAUGGAUGACAGGGUACUGUUUUAUAAUAACCUCUAUAGAUGACAUGGUACUGUACUAUAAUAACCUCUGUGGAUGACAUGGUACUGUUCUAUAAUAACCUCUGUGGAUGACAUGGUACUGUUCUAUAAUAACCUGUAUGGAUGACAUGGUACUGUACUAUAAUAACCUCUAUGGAUGACAUGGUACUGUAGUAUAAUAACCUCUAUGAGUGACUUGGUACUGUACUAUAAUAACCUCUAUGGAUGACAUGGUACUGUAGUAUAAUAACCUCUAUGGAUGACAUGGUACUGUUCUAUAAUAACCUCUAUGGAUGACAUGGUACUGUAGUAUAAUAACCUCUAUGGAUGACAUGGUACUGUAGUAUAAUAACCUCUAUAGAUGACUUGGUACUGUACUAUAAUAACCUCUAUGGAUGACAUGGUACUGUAGUAUAAUAACCUCUAUGGAUGACAUGGUACUGUACUAUAAUAACCUCUAUGGAUGACAUGGUACUGUAGUAUAAUAACCUCUAUGAGUGACUUGGUACUGUACUAUAAUAACCUCUAUGGGUGACAUGGUACUGUACUAUAAUAACCUCUAUGAGUGACUUGGUACUGUACUAUAAUAACCUCUAUGGAUGACAUGGUACUGUAGUAUAAUAACCUCUAUGAGUGACUUGGUACUGUACUAUAAUAACCUCUAUGGAUGACAUGGUACUGUAGUAUAAUAACCUCUGUGGAUGACAUGGUGCUGUAGUAUAAUAACCUCUAUGAGUGACUUGGUACUGUACUAUAAUAACCUCUGUGGAUGACAUGGUACUGUACUAUAAUAACCUCUGUGGAUGACAUGGUACUGUACUAUAAUAACCUCUAUGAGUGACUUGGUACUGUACUAUAAUAACCUCUAUGGAUGACAUGGUACUGUUCUAUAAUAACCUGUAUGGAUGACAUGGUGCUGUUGUAUAAUAACCUCUAUGGAUGACAGGGUACUGUUUUAUAAUAACCUCUAUAGAUGACAUGGUACUGUACUAUAAUAACCUCUGUGGAUGACAUGGUACUGUUCUAUAAUAACCUCUGUGGAUGACAUGGUACUGUUCUAUAAUAACCUGUAUGGAUGACAUGGUACUGUACUAUAAUAACCUCUAUGGAUGACAUGGUACUGUAGUAUAAUAACCUCUAUGAGUGACUUGGUACUGUACUAUAAUAACCUCCAUGGGUGACAUGGUACUGUACUAUAAUAACCUCUAUGAGUGACUUGGUACUGUACUAUAAUAACCUCUAUGGAUGACAUGGUACUGUAGUAUAAUAACCUCUAUGAGUGACUUGGUACUGUACUAUAAUAACCUCUAUGGAUGACAUGGUACUGUAGUAUAAUAACCUCUAUGGAUGACAUGGUACUGUACUAUAAUAACCUCUGGAUGACAUGGUACUGUAGUAUAAUAACCUCUAUGAGUGACUUGGUACUGUACUAUAAUAACCUCUAUGGGUGACAUGGUACUGUACUAUAAUAACCUCUAUGAGUGACUUGGUACUGUACUAUAAUAACCUCUAUGGAUGACAUGGUACUGUAGUAUAAUAACCUCUAUGAGUGACUUGGUACUGUACUAUAAUAACCUCUAUGGAUGACAUGGUACUGUAGUAUAAUAACCUCUGUGGAUGACAUGGUGCUGUAGUAUAAUAACCUCUAUGAGUGACUUGGUACUGUACUAUAAUAACCUCUGUGGAUGACAUGGUACUGUACUAUAAUAACCUCUGUGGAUGACAUGGUACUGUACUAUAAUAACCUCUAUGAGUGACUUGGUACUGUACUAUAAUAACCUCUAUGGAUGACAUGGUACUGUUCUAUAAUAACCUCUGUGGAUGACAUGGUACUGUAGUAUAAUAACCUCUAUGAGUGACUUGGUACUGUACUAUAAUAACCUCUAUGGAUGACAUGGUACUGUAGUAUAAUAACCUCUGUGGAUGACAUGGUACUGCACUAUAAUAACCUCUAUGGAUGACAUGGUACUGUACUAUAAUAACCUCUGUGGAUGACAUGGUACUGUACUAUAAUAACCUCUGUGGAUGACAUGGUACUGUACUAUAAUAACCUCUAUGGGUGACAUGGUACUGUACUAUAAUAACCUCUAUGAGUGACUUGGUACUGUACUAUAAUAACCUCUAUGGAUGACAUGGUACUGUAGUAUAAUAACCUCUAUGAGUGACUUGGUACUGUACUAUAAUAACCUUUAUGGAUGACAUGGUACUGUAGUAUAAUAACCUCUGUGGAUGACAGGGUACUGUUUUAUAAUAACCUCUAUAGAUGACAUGGUACUGUACUAUAAUAACCUCUAUGGAUGACAUGGUACUGUUCUAUAAUAACCUCUAUGGAUGACAUGGUACUGUUCUAUAAUAACCUGUAUGGAUGACAUGGUGCUGUAGUAUAAUAACCUCUAUGGAUGACAGGGUACUGUUUUAUAAUAACCUCUAUAGAUGACAUGGUACUGUACUAUAAUAACCUCUGUGGAUGACAUGGUACUGUUCUAUAAUAACCUCUGUGGAUGACAUGGUACUGUUCUAUAAUAACCUGUAUGGAUGACAUGGUACUGUACUAUAAUAACCUCUAUGGAUGACAUGGUACUGUAGUAUAAUAACCUCUAUGAGUGACUUGGUACUGUACUAUAAUAACCUCUAUGGAUGACAUGGUACUGUAGUAUAAUAACCUCUAUGGAUGACAUGGUACUGUUCUAUAAUAACCUCUAUGGAUGACAUGGUACUGUAGUAUAAUAACCUCUAUGGAUGACAUGGUACUGUUCUAUAAUAACCUCUAUGGAUGACAUGGUACUGUAGUAUAAUAACCUCUAUGGAUGACAUGGUACUGUAGUAUAAUAACCUCUAUAGAUGACAUGGUACUGUACUAUAAUAACCUCUAUGGAUGACAUGGUACUGUAGUAUAAUAACCUCUAUGGAUGACAUGGUACUGUACUAUAAUAACCUCUAUGGAUGACAUGGUACUGUAGUAUAAUAACCUCUAUGAGUGACUUGGUACUGUACUAUAAUAACCUCCAUGGGUGACAUGGUACUGUACUAUAAUAACCUCUAUGAGUGACUUGGUACUGUACUAUAAUAACCUCUAUGGAUGACAUGGUACUGUAGUAUAAUAACCUCUAUGAGUGACUUGGUACUGUACUAUAAUAACCUCUAUGGAUGACAUGGUACUGUAGUAUAAUAACCUCUAUGGAUGACAUGGUACUGUACUAUAAUAACCUCUAUGGAUGACAUGGUACUGUAGUAUAAUAACCUCUAUGAGUGACUUGGUACUGUACUAUAAUAACCUCUAUGGGUGACAUGGUACUGUACUAUAAUAACCUCUAUGAGUGACUUGGUACUGUACUAUAAUAACCUCUAUGGAUGACAUGGUACUGUAGUAUAAUAACCUCUAUGAGUGACUUGGUACUGUACUAUAAUAACCUCUAUGGAUGACAUGGUACUGUAGUAUAAUAACCUCUGUGGAUGACAUGGUGCUGUAGUAUAAUAACCUCUAUGAGUGACUUGGUACUGUACUAUAAUAACCUCUGUGGAUGACAUGGUACUGUACUAUAAUAACCUCUGUGGAUGACAUGGUACUGUACUAUAAUAACCUCUAUGAGUGACUUGGUACUGUACUAUAAUAACCUCUAUGGAUGACAUGGUACUGUUCUAUAAUAACCUCUGUGGAUGACAUGGUACUGUAGUAUAAUAACCUCUAUGAGUGACUUGGUACUGUACUAUAAUAACCUCUAUGGAUGACAUGGUACUGUAGUAUAAUAACCUCUGUGGAUGACAUGGUACUGCACUAUAAUAACCUCUAUGGAUGACAUGGUACUGUACUAUAAUAACCUCUGUGGAUGACAUGGUACUGUACUAUAAUAACCUCUGUGGAUGACAUGGUACUGUACUAUAAUAACCUCUAUGGGUGACAUGGUACUGUACUAUAAUAACCUCUAUGAGUGACUUGGUACUGUACUAUAAUAACCUCUAUGGAUGACAUGGUACUGUAGUAUAAUAACCUCUAUGAGUGACUUGGUACUGUACUAUAAUAACCUUUAUGGAUGACAUGGUACUGUAGUAUAAUAACCUCUGUGGAUGACAUGGUGCUGUAGUAUAAUAACCUCUAUGAGUGACUUGGUACUGUACUAUAAUAACCUCUGUGGAUGACAUGGUACUGUACUAUAAUAACCUCUGUGGAUGACAUGGUACUGUACUAUAAUAACCUCUGAGUGACUUGGUACUGUACUAUAAUAACCUCUAUGGAUGACAUGGUACUGUUCUAUAAUAACCUCUGUGGAUGACAUGGUACUGUAGUAUAAUAACCUCUAUGAGUGACUUGGUACUGUACUAUAAUAACCUCUAUGGAUGACAUGGUACUGUAGUAUAAUAACCUCUGUGGAUGACAUGGUACUGCACUAUAAUAACCUCUAUGGAUGACAUGGUACUGUACUAUAAUAACCUCUGUGGAUGACAUGGUACUGUACUAUAAUAACCUCUGUGGAUGACAUGGUACUGUACUAUAAUAACCUCUGUGGAUGACAUGCAGGGAAGGGCAUCCUAUAGAGUAGACAUACUCUUUCUGUGUACUGUAUAGCCAGGAUUAUAAGAAUCAGCAUUAAAAGACCUCGCCUUAGUCUGCAUUAUAUUACUGAUGAUGUUAUGAUUAUAUAACCAGUACAGAAACAAAAUAACCCUUUGACUUCACUUAUGUUUGAUCAUAGCUACAUCCAUAAAAGCCCUCUCUUUACAGCAUUUUUCAAGUUCAUUCUGAAUCUGUGGACAAAUUACUCGAAUGCUGGAGAAAUGCUGUUCUGAGGAAAACCAAAAAAAACAAUGCAACUCCGAGGAAGCUUAGUGGCACUCCGCUGCGCAUCGUGGCACACCUUCCACAUCGUGCAUUAUUUUCCAUCGAACGCAUUGCCCCUCAUUGAUUAUCCCUUACCUACAGCUUUGUACCUUUGCUAAAGGCAUAUUCUAUUGAAUUAUACCUCAAGUAUAGCCUGGUGGUCCAGUCUGUUUGUGCUUUAGCCAACUCCUCUCUGCCAUGUAUGACAUGAAACAAUAGAAGUGUUGGCUACACAGCACAUACAGUAUGGGGCCACCAGGCUACCUUGAAUGUCCAUUGAGAACCAUUCAUUUUUCUCUGAGAUAAACCCCCUGUCUUUCUCCAGCAGAUUGCUAAACUCAGGCUGCAGCUCCAGCGCAGUAAACAGGUCAGCCGCCAGAGCAAAGACCGGGAUCAGCAGCCGGGUCUACACACCAGCACCACAUGCCAACCCCAGGUGAGUUAUACCCUACUGCUGCCUCCCUGUGUCUGCCACCCAGAUCACAGGGCAUGGUAGCAUUGUACUAGUAUGGCGUCUGCCCCAAUGCUAUAUUCACAGUGGGAGUGUCACCGUACCAUGUACAACCUAAAAUAAAUACAUUUACAUUUACAUUUUAGUCAUUUAGCUGACGCUCUUAUCCAGAGCGACUUACAAAUACAGUACUUAUUAUGGAUAAUACUUGAUUGUAAAUUUAUAGACUAGGGUUUUGGUAGCCUGGGUGCCAGGCUGUUUCUGCUUCAGGCAACUUGUCCUUCCAAAACAACAAUGUGGCUUUGCUGUAGUGCAGAAUUGUUCAGGCAGUUGUUCAGGCAUGUUAUAUAUAUAUAUAUAUAUAUAUAUACUACCGUUCAAAGUUUGGGGUCACUUACAAAUGUCCUUGUUUUUGAAAGAAAAGCAAUUUUUUUUGUCCAUUAAAAUAACAUCAAAUUGAUUAGAAAUACAGUGUAGACAUUGUUAAUGUUGUAAAUGGCUGUUGUAGCUGGAAACGGCUGAUAAAAAAAAAAAAAGGAAUAUCUACAUAGGCGUACAGAGGCCCAUUAUCAGCAACCAUCAGUCGUGUUCCAAUGGCAUGUUGUGUUUGCUAAUCCAAGUUGAUCAUUUAAAAGGCUAAUUGAUCAUUAGAAAACCAUUUUGCAAUUAUGUUAGCACAGCUGAAAACUGUUGUGCUGAUUAAAGAAGCAAUAAAACUGGCCUUCUUGAGACUAGUUGAGUAUCUGGAGCAUCAGCAAUUGUGGGUUCGAUUACAGGAUCAAAAUGGCCAGAAACAAAUAAUUUUCUUCUGAAACUCGUCAGUCUAUUCUUGUUCUGAGAAAUUAAGGCUAUUCCAUGCGAGAAAUUGCCAAGAAACUGAAGAUCUCGUACAACGCUGUGUACUACUCCCUUCACAGAACAGCGCAAACUGGCUCUAACCAGAAUAGAAAGAGGAGUGGGAGGCCCCAGUGCACAACUGAGCAAGAGGACAAAUACAUUAGAGUGUCUAGUUUGAGAAACAGACGCCUCACAGGUCCUCAACUGGCAGCUUCAUUAAAUAAUACCCGCAAAACCCCAGUCUCAAUGUCAACAGUGAAGAGGUGACUCCGUGAUGCUGACCUUCUAGGGUUGCACAGAAAAAGCCAUAUCUCAGACUGGCCAAUAAAAAUAAAAUGUUAAGAUGGGCAGACUGAGAUAUGGCUUUUUCUUUGCAACUCUGCCUAGAAGGUCAACAUCCUGGUUAAUUGGCCUCUGUAUGCCUAUGUAGAUAUUCCAUUAACAAUCAGCCGUUUCCAGCUACAAUAGCCAUUUACAACAUUAACAAUGUCUACACUGUAUUUCUGAUCAAUUUGAUGUUAUUUUAAUGGAAGAAAAAAAAUGCUUUUCUUUUGAAAACAAGGACAUUUCUAAGUGACCCCAAACUUUUGAACUGUGGUGUAUAUGUCAAUAGAUGUUUAUACGUCAAUAUAUGUUUUAUGGAGUGUUAUAUUUUAUUUAGUUCACAAGUCCCUAUUCUGACAUUCUGACAAGACAGAGAGGGAGAGGAGGAGGAGAUGUCUGGGCAUGCCAAGUUCCCUGUAGUCUCUGUGUUUGUGGUGAAUUCAUUAACGGAUACUGAGCAACUGUAAACAAAGCACUGGGAAAAAGAACAUUAACUAAAUUAGCCAUGGUAUGACUUUCACUUGUGAUUGAUCAAUCUGUAUUAUCCUAUAUUAUCGUUGACCUCACUUUAAUAUCAUUUAACCUUAUAUUUUACCUCACAUAAAUCACAAUCUAUAGCAAUAUCAUACACUGAAAUACUGGGGAGAGCAGACAAUUGACUAGAUGUCUGUUUUAAAAUUAUCAUCGAAAAGCUACAAAACAUUUCCACCACCUAACAAAAUGUCAUUUAACCCUUGGUUUGCCAUAUUUUCCAGAAUAAGGUGGUUUCCACAGCCCUGUUGAAUAUCCCAGUGCCAAAGUCCCUCAUAUCGAGAGUGCCUAGCAGCGUGGAGGGCAUCAACCACGAGCUGGAGAAUGUGUUCAUCAGAGAGGACUGGAAGCAGGGAAUACAGGUGGGGACACACACACACACACUAUAUUCUCACUCACACUGAUUUAAAUUGCUGAGAGUUGAGUAGAGCUGUAAAUUGUGUGUGAAGUAGGGAAGUAAACCUUGACAGGUUAACAACAUUUCUCUCCCUGAAGCAUGUGCAUGCAUGUGGGCACUCGUGCACACACACAUAUUUAUGACCUGUAACGCAGCAAGCCUUCCUCAGCUCAGAAUCAGCUGUACCUUACAGCACAAGCAGAAGGGCUCUGAACGUUUUCAUACAGUAUCAAGCAUUAUCAUCUGCACUGGUAUUCGCUUUUCUGCUUGUCAUUCUAAUACCUCCACACAAACUGGAGUUUACAUGCAGUGUGAUAAUACUGAAAUUAACUGAAUGCAUUGAAUUUACUGCUGUAUGAUGAUCAAUAAUAACUUUAAAUGAUAUAGUGUCCUGCUGUGGUUCUUGCACUCCUUCAUCCUUCCCUCCAUCUCCACCUCUGACCUCUCAGGCUUUGGACGUGUUGGACGGCCACCGCGCCCCCUUUCAGCCUCAUCGCUACGGCAAUGGCGGUGACACACGCGACACGGAUACCCAGGCCCCCUCUAGUGGCGGUUCCAGCCCCUGGCCCUGCCCCUUCACCCCUGACCCCCUCCACUCCCCAGAAGGCAGCCCCUGCUCUGCAGAAGAGCUUGACAAAGGUAUUCCAUUCAGAUGCAUUUUUUGGCUUGCAUGAUCUAUUGCAUAUCUCAGGAGCAGAGUUUGUGAGCAUAGUUGAGCGGUUGGAAAUCCUGCUCAUCACUCCAUGUCCUUUCCUACCACUCUGUUAAAAACCGCUCUACGCUCACAGGAAAAAAAACUCCCACUCCAAAUUCGCUCCAUUAAUUAAAAUCACAAUUUAACAAUUUUUGUGAAUACCUGGACCUACCAAUUUGGUUUUUAAGUAUUGAUACCAAACCAUAUGGAUUUCAAUGAAAAGUAUUUGAAUAAACAUGAGAAGGUGAAUGUAAGAAGCGAACAUCAUUUCUAAUAGGCUACAUGUCAUAUUAAACAGCAUAUAAACACUCUAAAUAGGUCAGGAGCCAGACAGGGAGCCUAAGAAGGAACGAAAAUGGAUUAUUUCGGCUGUAUUAUUUAUAUUAUUUCAAGGCUGUAGCCUACAAAGAAAUACAUUGUAAAGCAUUUGCGAAUUGGACACAAUAGGCUUGUAGGGACAAAAAGCGCUCAGCAUUUAAACAAUAUUUUGUUGUAUUAAAUCGUUAUAGUCUAUAAAGUGUGCAUAUAGGCUGUGACUUUUUAAUUAAUUACAAAUUAAACGAAAAAUGACUUGUUAGUGACUUUGAAUUCAUUUUUAGAAACACGAGUUUGGCCAGUCUGUGGCUUCAGGCUCAUGUGAUGGUGCCUGGAGAGCCGGCCAGCAGCGGAGAAUAUCCUCUCCAUAAACACCCUUUUGGCCAAUCUUGCCAGGCUGGGCAGAAAUGCAGAGUUUUUUGUAUUAUUCUAUAGGUAGGCCUAAAGGUUUUUUGGCAAAAUAACCCAAUCAAUACAAGUAGACUACAAAUGCAUGCUGGGGCGGGCAUGCCCUGAGCUCGUGAAGUAAGCCCUACUUUGGGGCGAAAUAGGAGCGAGUGAGAAGGUAGACGCUCCAGCCUUUGGGAAUCGCGCUCCACGCUCCAAUCAAAUUGGGCACGUUCCGCUCAUAUACUCUGCUCAGGAGUCUAGUGAUUAGGAUUUGGUUAAUGAUAAAUGGCUCAUGCUAUAUUAAUACUGUGCCGUAUUAUAUGAAUCACCUCAUUGUCUUCUAUAGACAACAGAUCGCUAACACAUGUUCCUUUAAAGGGACAUAAGAUCACCACAAUGACCUGCUUACAUGUUUCAUUCUGUUUUCAGACAGCGGAUGCAGCUCUCCCCUUCCCAAGUUUGCCACCUCUCCCAAACCCAACAACAGCUACAUGUUCAAACGGGAGCCUCCGGAGGGGUGUGAGAGGGUCAAAGUGUUUGAAGAGAUGGUGUAAGUCUUCUCUCUCCUUUCAUGUUGCCAUCUUCACUACUUUGAGGGGUAUUUCUAAUUGUAAUGCUUCUCAACUUCAUAGUGCUACAUGUUUUAGUUUCUUUUUUUAAUUGGUCUGAUAGUGUAUGUCCUUAUGCCACUGUACAGAUGUAGGAUCUUCAUUUAGUUCUCCUGCAACAGUGUGAUCAAAUUAAGAUCCUACAUAUGUAGGGCUCUCCUACUGUAGGUGUUUCAUAUACACACUUUGGUAUGUGAUGAUAAAAAGAUGAAGACAUCUCCCUCUCUUUUCCUCCCCAGGUCUGGUGUCUCCAAAGGCUUCCCUCUUUUUUCAUGCCCAGACAAAAACAAGGUGAACUUCAUCCCCAGGGGCUCCGCCUUCUGUCCCGUCAAACUCCUCUGCUCCUCCCUCUUCACCACAACCUCUUCCAGCCCUGGUCUCCAUGGAAAAGGCAGCACAUGGCCCGAGGACGCCAUGACACCCACUAGUUCCACCACUCUAGCCUCCACUAACUGGAGCUCGUCUAUAGGCACAGACAUGGUCAGUAGCUCAGACACAGGCGUAGGCACCGACACAAGCACAGAGAACAGCACAGACAGUCUGAGCCGAGACACAGGCCCUAACACAGACACUAAUCAACUGACAAGCACAGCAAUGGUCUCAGACGGCCUGUCUACAGAUCCCUGCUCCACUACACACAUCCUUCUUACCAGCUAGUUCUCAGGGACAGUCCAGCUGCUGAGCAUUAGCCUGGUCCCAGAUCAGUUUGU